AUGUUAAACAGCCGUCGCCUCCUAAACGGCGACAUCACCUAUUCCGCCGCCAAGGGCUGCGAGUCAAACAUCCUGCAUGAGCUGGGCUACUGGGACCAGAAGACCCGCUAUUUUAACCAUCUGUACAAGAACCGCGAGCUCGUCCAGGAGAUCGUCGUCCACCAUCUGAACCUUCCAUCCGCCGACGCGUGCACCAUCGCCGACCCUCAGGAGUGGCGCCAUGGGAGUUUCAAUCUGUGCAUUCCCAUCGACGUGCGCGGCCACGCCGCCGCCCAGCGCGUCAUGAUCCGCUUCCCGCUGCCGUACCGCGUAGGCGAGAAGACCAACCCCGGCAAUGCCGACGAAAAGAUCCGCUGCGAGGCAGGCACCUAUGCCUGGCUCCAGGAGAACUGCCCCGACAUCCCGAUCCCGGCCUUGUACGGGUUUGGCCUGUCAUCCGGCAAGAAAUUCACCGUAUGCGACAACCUCCCGUUCUUCACGCGGAUGCUCUUCUACAUCCGCCGCCGAGUCCGCCGGUGGCUCGGCCGCCCGCUCCCAUCGCGCUACGUGCCACACCCCAGCCGCAAACCCAGCCCCGACGGCGUCAGCUACCUCCUCAUGGAGUACAUCCACGGAAACAUGCUCUCCGAGUCAUGGGAAGCCGGCCGCACAGACGCCCACCGGCGCAGCAACCUGUUCCACGGGCUGUCGCGCAUCAUGCUCGCCGCGGCGCGCAUCCCACUCCCACGCAUCGGGUCCUUCACCAUCGACGAACACGGCUUCCUGCAGCUCAACAACCGCCCACUCACGUUGGAAAUUCACGACCUCGAGAACCAGAAGAUCCCCGUCGACAUCCCGCGCGAUCUCACCUACGCCACUGCGGACACUUACAUCCACGACGUCCUCGCGUUCCACGAGAACCGCCUGCGCGCACAGCCCAACGCCGUCCACGACGUCGAGGACUGUCUGUACCAGAUGUCUGCGCUGACGGCCAUGCGCACGGUCUACCCGGCCAUGUUUCGGCGGGAGCUCCGCGACGGCCCGUUCUACCUCAGCUUCACGGAUCUGCACCAGAGUAACAUCUUCGUCGAUGAGGAGUGGAAUGUGAAGUGUCUGGUUGAUCUGGAGUGGACGUGUUCGCGGCCGGUGGAGCUGAUUCAUCCGCCGUAUUGGCUAGCGAACCAGCCCAUUGAUGGGAUCGACGUGGAUGAGUAUCAAAAUGUCCAUGAGGAGUUUGUGAACGCUCUUGCGGAGGAGGAAAACAAGCGUGUCUGUGGCAUCGUCAAGGGUGAUAGACUACCCCUGCAUACAACCCUGCGACAAGGGUGGGAGCGAGGCACGUUCUGGUAUGCGCUGGCGCUGGAUAGUCCCCUGGGCCUGUUUAAACUCUUCUACGAUUACAUUCAGCCGCGCUUUGCGGAGGAGCAUCUGGACGACCCGGCUUUCUUUCGCAUUAUCAUGGCGUACUGGGAGGUCGAUGCUAUGAAGUUUGUGCAGGGCAAGGUGAAGGAUCGCGAGAAGUAUGAGAAACGACUGAGGAAGGCGUUCCAGUUAUAG